UCACGUAUAGAUGAGCGAUCGAUUGUCACCUUUGUGGGAAGCCGAAAAAAUAAAGAAAAGAUGGAGUUUCGACGCAAAAAAUGCUCAAAUUGGUAUACAACAUCUCUCGGAAUUGCUCUUAGACUAAGGCCAACCGAUCUGAUCCAAUCUGCUAAUUUUUUUUUACUCGGCGGCCAGUGUAACGAAUAGGUACAAACCAUUUUUUGAUCCACAAUAAUCCAUAGCCUAGGCACAAACUAUGCAUGUAACCUAAAAUCUGAUCUAACCUAAAAAAAUCGACCAUAAACUAAAAAAACCUGAUUCAAUUCGAAAAAAACUGAUUGACAUAUCCAUGGGAGGCAUGUCCCAACCCAAUUCAAUCCGAUACUAAACACGGGUCGUGCAAAAAAAAAAACGUACAAACCGUUCUUGAUACGAUCCAAACCCUACUCAACCCGACGUCUAGAGCAAGGGAGUGGAGUGCUGGACGUCGCCAACGUGUGGGCCCACUUUUUCAUUUUUGGCGUGGCACGAACCUUGACGCGCUCCCUCUCGUACUGGGAAGCGGUCCCUACCAACUGGCGGCGGCGGUUCAUACCCUCGCGAAGACCACUAGGGCCGCCGCCGGCGAAUCUCAAGUUCUCAACACCUGGCAGAAGCAAAUCGGCGUGGCACUCGCCGGGCACCGCUCCCUUCUCCCUCCUCCCACUUCCCAGUUCUCGAUCGUCUCAACUCUGCGGGCUGCGGUUCCGCCUCCGCCUCCUGACGACCUCGCCCACACGACCGCUGCCCGCUUCGCUCGUCGCCCACACCGCCGUUCUCUCCCCCGGGUGCCCAUAAACCCCCUUCUCCGCGCCAUCGUUGGCCCGGCGUAACCAUCUCCGCUGCGGGGACGAGGAGGAGCAAGCAAACAGGAAGCAGCCGAGUAUCUUGCCAGUAUAUUAUAUGCGUUGAGGUGGCAUUGCUGAUGAAAGUGAAGACAUGAGGCUUGAAUGAACCCUAACUGCCCCCGCCAACCGCCGCCGCCGCAGCAGUCACCGACUCCUCCAGUCAAAUCAGCCAUGUCGCCGCCGCCCUGUGACGCCCUGCCCACCGCUGCCAACAACAUCCAGCCAUUUCUUGUCCUUCACAAGGCUGCUGCCUCCUCGGUGCCAUCUUCCCGGUCUCAGCGCCAGAUUCAGACCUCACAGCCAUCCUCACCCAACCGCAAAUCAGCAAACAGAUGUCGUCAACCAGCGGGUGAGGAGUGUGAGGACGAAGGGGAUUCGGAGCUAUAUGAGCAGCUGCGUGCUGAGGCCUUCCACCGAACUUGGUCCAAGAUCCAGUCCACCAUCGACGAGGUCCUCAGGGCCAUCAACCUCAAGCUGUUCGACCAGGUGCUGCAGUGGGCGAAGGAGUCCUUCGCUUCGGCCCAUGCCAUCACGAAAAAGCACCACACUGAAGUCCAGCAGCCAUACCCUCUCCUGACUGAUGUGAUCUGCAGAAGGAUCCCGACGGUAUUCGUCCUCACCAAGAAUGCAGAGUUUGUUGAUGAUAUCACAACGUUUCAUGACCUUGCAGGGCAUAUGAAGUCCAAUGGAUGUCACAUAGUCAAGCUGUCAGCGGCUGAGUUAUCAGCAAAACAUGGAGUUGGUGGUUGCUUCAGGAGCCUGUUGGGACAGCUAUUAUCCGAUGUUCCAGAUGUUGCUGAUGUAUCUGCGCUAGCAUCAUGGUAUUGUGAAGCUGAGAACUUUGAUCAGCCUAUCAUUGUCAUAAUUGAUGAUUUGGAGCAAUGUUCUGGCGAUGUGCUUGGAGAGUUUGUGAUGAUGCUGAGUGAGUGGGUGUUUAAAAUUCCAGUCUUCUUUGUAAUGGGGAUAGCAACUACCCUUGAUGCUCCAAAGAAGCUUCUCUCGUCAGAGGCUCUUCAACGAUUAGAGCCCUGCAAACUUACCUUGGGGUCUCCCUCAGAUAGAUUGAAUGCACUUGUUGAGGCUGUCCUUGUUAAACCAUGCGCUGGAUUUUGCAUCAGUCAUGAAGUCGCACUGUUCGUCAGAAAUUACUUUUUUAGGCAUGAUGGGACAAUAACUUCUUUUAUUACUGCUCUCAAGCUUGCAUGCAGUAAGCACUUCUCCAUGGAACCUCUAAGCUUUUUGUGCUUAGGAAUGGUGGAGGAAGAUUCUGAGGAAUUUUGGCAUGAUAAGCUUGAAUCGCUCCCUCAAACAAUAUGGAAACAUGCUUUCGAUCUACCCUCAAACAAAAAUGCAAGGAAUUCUUGCAACAUGGUAGAAGGAUUGUCUAGGCUGCUGAAAUCGCAAAAGGAUUGGAGUUCUGUUCUCUUGUGCCUGUAUGAAGCUGGAAGGCAUGACAAAGUGCAGCUUUUGGAUAUCUUCUGUGAGGCAGCCAGCCCAGAUUGGCAAACUGAAAAUGCACCAGAUAGUUACCUAUUUGCUUCUAAAGUGGCUUUAUUAGGAGUAAAGUCAGGGUCUGCUAGAAGAUUUAUAGCCCAAGUAAUGAAUACAAUAAGGUACUUGCCUACGGAAAUUUUGUUACACGUCCUUGAGGUUUGGAGCAUCCAUUUAAAAGGAAUGAGUGAGAUCAACGACAGAGUGAAGGAGCUUCGGUCAAAAGGUUGUGGUGCAGAUAGUGUUAGGGCCAAAAGGAAAUCAACCGCCAAUACUGGAAAUGGAGUGGUUCUAAUAAACGAGGAAGCGGCUGCGCUGUUACAGGAUGUUAUCAGGAAAUAUUUGGUACCUGCUGAAUGCUUACCUUUCCAUGAAAUAGUCUGCUUCAAGAAUGUUGACAUCCUCCGAUCUGCGCUGAUUGGAAACCCAAGAAGAAUGAUUCAACUCGAUCUUCUGAGGUCACAGAGCCAUCUGAAAUGCUCUUGUUGCAGUAGGAGUGGUGCUGCCGUGUCAGGAUCGUUGCACGACACAUCAAUCCUGUGCAGUCUAGCCCAAGAGUAUGGUGACAUGAUUAACCUCCAUGACUGGUACACGGCCUUUGAAGGGAUUAUAAAGAGCACAAACUCAAAAGCCAAAGGGAAAUCUUGCAGCUCUCCCUCGAAGAAGAAGAAGAAAUCAAACCCCACGCCUCUGGAGGGUGAUGGCAUGAUCCAAGCAAGGUUCUGCAGCGCCGUUACUGAGAUGCAGGUCACUGGCCUUGUUCGGAUGCCGAGCAAGAGAAGGCCCGAUCUUGUGCAGAGAAUCGCGUUCGGUCCUUAACAGCUCGGUGAUUACAUGCAUGCUAUACAGACGAAACGUUUUGUGCACGCUGACGAUAAUCCCACCAUGUGGUAAAUUGGGCAGCCGUGGAAGGAAGGUUUGGUUACUUGUAUCGGUGCUUCGAAGAGAGCUGUGAGAUGGAGCAGCAGCCGCCGCUUCAGAUAUGCAGUGCUGAUGUUGCGUCUGAUGGCUAAGCUAUGUCGUUAUUUUUUUCCUCUUAAGAGCAGUAUUAAACAUGUUUUAGCUAUUGAUUCGGCUCUCUGUAGAGCUGACAUGGGCUCAUGUAGCCCAAGGGGUACAUUUGAGAAAUUUUUAUCCUUGAAACAAAGGGCAUUUCGAAUUAUUUCCCCUUUUA